CUUCAUCUUCGUCUUCCCCUUCCGCUGUGUUUCAUACGUUCCACAUGAAGAAAAAAGCACAUAUCUUUGUCGGCGGCGAUGUUCUUGCUUAUAACAUUGUCUGACUGAGUGUGCUGUGGCACACUAGCCUUCUUUCAUGUCCCCAAAUUGAUGCCGGCGUUUGUUUUAAGGAAUUCCCAUUCCCACAAAUACAGGUCUAUUUCCAUAUAUACAGGUCUAUUUCCAUUUUUGUCAUUGUCGCUGACGACGUAGACAACAAGAGCCAUAAAUUUCGAAUACCAUUUCAGUUUGAUUGGUGAAAUACAUGUCUCGCCCCGACCCCGUAUGAGGCAAAACAAGCAUAUUUGAUCUUAUUCUGUCUUUGACGGAGGUUAAACUAAUCUAAAAUAAGCCCCAAAAUAGAAUAUCAGAUGCCGUAGAGAAAAUGGUCCGUGCCGUCGUUCUCUUCCUCCACCUCCCCGAUGCGGAGCAGAAAAUGCGGAUUCUGCUCCGCGAAAUCGAUUCAAAUGCAGCCGCAACAGCAGGACGUCGACGAGAGGGGAAAAUGAAGGAGCAGAACAAAAGUUCCGAUUUCGAGGACACCGCGGCCUGCGCGUGCUGGUCUGCGAACCAGUAUGGCGCUCUCAACUGUUACAUUCUCAACUGUUACAUGAUUUGUCAUGCAAAUUUACCACCAAGAUCGCCACGAUUAAGCUGCUUGGCAUGACAAAUAUCCGAAGGGCUAAACAGCACGUACGUCCGUACCAAAUCUGUAAUGCAAAAGGCGCAAUCUUGUCCCUUUCACUUUCGCCGUUCUUGCAUUACAAAUUCAUGUAACAGUUGAGAAUGUAACAUUUGAGAACGCCAUAACCAGCUCCACGAACUUUUGCUCACCGAGGACGAAGCCCUGCUCUCUGCCGCCUGGACGCAGCUGCGUGUGGGCGACGUGGUGCACUUCAAGCGCAACGAGUAUGAGAUCAACAGCAAGAAGAACCAAAGCGGCGCGGGGAUUUAUGUGGAGCUGGAAGACGGCAGGAUGCAGAAACUGGAGCACUUUGUGCGCCGGAAUAUUACAGCUGCAUUAGGUGCAGCUACUGAGCAUAAAAUAUUGGCAAGUGCUGCUGUUGAGGAAAAUCCAACUUCAAGUUUAUUCCACGCAAGGAACUACAACAAGAGCUGCAGCAGUCAAGUGGCCGCCCCUUUGCCUUUCUCAGGGUUCGAGCGCGACCAGGUAGAUGUUGCUGAAGUUCAAGUUGGGAACAAGAUGGAAAUAAAAUGCAGCGUAUUUGGCAAAAAUCUCGAAACCUGUAAAGCUACGAAGAACUACAUCAAGAAGGCUGAAGAUGUACCUGAAGGUGAUUACUACACUGCCCUCCGCGAGUACUGCGCCAUCUUGGACCAGAUUCAGAACCAGAAUCGGUUACGGACCUAUUUUCGCUUGUUGGAACAAGAGCAAGAGGAGGAAGUCGUGGAGAAAGAGAAUGAGGAGCAUGAAGUGCAAAGCAAGUUGGGCCGCGAGGACGAUCAGCACGUGACCAACUUUUCAAAAAAUUCCAAACUCCUCGAACUUCUCAUCAUCGGAAAGUUUUUCGUGCACGGUCCGGAAAUCGGCGACUACUGCUACCAAGUCAUCGACCGGGAUUUUGCUUACGCUACCUCUAUCGCGGACUACGCCAGCUUGAGGCACUCGGGGAACUUUUUUCUCGUGCACGUAGUCGAAGAGGAGGAGGAGGAGGAGAGGUGCGAUUUUUUGGAGAUGAGAACGAACAGAAAAAGACGGAGAACAAACGACGACAUGUUUGUGGAGAACAGUGAGGUUUUUAUCGGCGAAGACGAAGAUGAACAUUUUCACGACUCGGACAUUGAUCCGGAACUUGAGCUUGCCGACCUCCACGACGGCCUGCCACGUGCAAUUCUACGAAAGCAGAAGCACAAGCACAUCAUGGAAAGAAAUGAAAAUAAGCCACAUGAUGAACGAGGACGAGCUGCUGGUACAGAAAAUUAUCGCAACAUAGCGAAAUAUUCUGACACCAGUCGUGCUGGGCCAUUUCUACUACCUCGGGGGUCCUCUGGAGGUGGUCUCUCCCCGGCGGCCGGGAACAACAACAGGCCGCCUUUGAAGAUGACGUCCUUGUCGAAUAAGUCAACCACCAUCCCCCUGAAAAAACGGCACCUUCAAGUUGGCGACUCGAUGCUGGUGAAAGUGCUCGGCGCGGUGCAAAUCGACGUGAAUAACAACGACCGGCUGUGUCUCGACCCCUCCGUUCUGUUAAACCCGGUGCUGCGGGUCGCCACUUUUUCCGCACAGCACCUGCGUUAUUUGCAGCUGGAGAGGCGGUUCUUCGGUCGUGCUGGUACAACUACUAGCGGGGAAGAUGAUGCUGGACGAAGAACUACGGCGCAAACAAAUCGAGCAGAAGCUGGAAAUCGAGCUGUUUUUCCUCCGUCUACAGGAGCAAAAAGUGCUAAUAUCUUUACGAGACAUAACCCGGACGUCGACGAAAAUGUCCUCAUGGAAGGGGAUGUUGUAAAGGGCGAGGAUGACAUUGUCAUCUUGCCAGAGGACUACGACUCUCCACAACGACCAGGAACGACGGCAGGAAAAAGACAUUUCUUUGCAGGAGCAAAAAUCCUGAAGCGUGAACCCCUGGAGUCGCUCUUCCGCAAGCGAUUACGCCACGAGCCUUUUGUCCGCGAAGAAGCGGAAUACAACGAGAGCUCCUGCUUCGUGGGGCGAAUCGUUGGUAAUUACAUUAACGGGGAAGAUCGUACUAUGUCGAGCAAAAUCAAAAAUGUCAGUCUCAAUGCGGGUAGUUGUUCUCUUGAUAAGAGUAACAACAAGCGGGCACCAGGACUACACCUACCGGGUAGUGGUCACCAGCAGCCGUUUUGUUUUGGAAACAAAAUGAAUUUUUACGAAGAUGCGUCGUUUACCGUGUACAACCCGCACAGCAAAAACCUGGAGCAGCCUCUCGCGGCAAAUGCGUACAAGGGCGGCGGAUUAGAUGAAAAUUUCGUGUGGGAGAUUUAUAUGCACUGCAAAAGUAUCGUAUUCGUAUAAAUGCAUUACAAAUUUCCUCAGCAUGAGAAAUAAAAUUUGUAAUGCUGAUUUGCCUUGGGAACAAGAUUUGUGAUGCAAGACUUGCAUUUAUACGAGUACGAUACUUUUGCACUGGAUAAUUUAUUGUGGACAGCAACUACUGUGGGACAGAUACCACGCCGCGGAUCAUGAGUUUCAAGAUUCUACAGACCCCGGCAAUGCGUUGACGUUGAAGCCGAAAUUUGUUCGCUUUGAAAGAAUGACCGACGCCGCGAUACCUUCAACCGUCGAUAUGCAAAACAGAAACAUGAAUGACCAAGGUGAAGAGGCGCAUCGUCUUCAACCAGAGUACGUACUCGUCAAUGCGACAACUCUGAACGCAGCUUCGGUGAAGACCGCUUCAAACACCGGUGCCCGCGAAGAAUUAUAUAAUUACGCAUCGAGGACCACCAGCGACAAGAUUCAGACUGCUUGUCUAGCUUUCCCUAGCGACGGAUACCAUGUGGCACGGAAUUUCUUCAGAGUGCUUUUCCACACACAAAAAAACCGUGACGUCGACGACAAUAUUAAAGGCAAAAAUGCUGUAACUUGCGUUGGGACAGCACCAGAAGUUGUCGUAUCUCCCCCUCUCUACUCGUCCGUUUUGUCCCUACCUCACGACGCAAAGCAGGUUUCGUAUUUGCAGUAUGAUUCCGCGAUUCCGUUCGAUCCGAAAUACGGAAUCUUGAACCGAUUGGACGCCAGGGUGUACUUGACAGAUCCGCGACCCUGGGUGAUGCCGAUGGCAAGAAGAACAUCUGCUGGAGGUCGAAAUGCAGUUGAUGGUAGUUGGUGCGCCGGGACCGGGAGAUCUACUGCGGCAGGGUUUUUACUUCCACCAGGCAGCACUGGUUCUUCAUCGGGUGCUGGAUUUCCACAGGAGCACCGGGACUUCGAUCCUCCGCCGCUUCACUCCGUACAAGAGUUUCUCCAGGCGCACCGGAAGUUGAAUAUCAAAUGUGGAAAUGUCUGGGUCUGGAAGAGUCAUGCUGUUUCUGCAUGACACGGAAGGUCUGGCAUGGAAGCUCUAGCAUCACAGCUUUCGAGAAGCUUCCGCAAUGCCGAACCCGCAUGACAAAUCCCCCAUUUUGGUGACAGAGAGUGGGCAGCUUUUGCUACCCAUGCAUGAGAGAUUUUUGUGUGUUCUGAAAUGCGCAUCACAGGUUACAUCCUUCCAGACUCAGACAUUUUUGCACAGGAUAUUGAAAAGAGAGCUGCAAUUGGGAAUCGUGCCAAGUCAGGGUUUUGGUGCGAACAGUUCUGGAAAUUCUUUGAAGGUGAAUUUCGGGGGCGGGUCGUGUGGCGGUGUUGAGGGAGCCGCUGCCGCGGCCGCGCGGAUCAACAUGGAAAGCGCUUUAUCGCAUGACAAAAAUGCACCUAACGGCGGCAAGAGCCACUUGAAUGAAAAUUAUCUCAACAAUAAUCUCACGACCUCGACGAGGAUCCCACUCGGCGCAGCAGCAGCUCCUUCACUGGCGGCGCCGGGAACAGCCAGCUCGGCCUCUUCAGGAGAAGUACAGGCGCAGCGUCACCUCUCUGUAUCCAGCACAACUUUCCGUACCCUCCGGCUCGUCCGCGGCAAUUCGCCCGACCACUCGAUGCAGAUAGUCGACGUGUGGCCUCAGAAUUUCGAGGAGAUGUGUGUGCUGGAAAGAAUCGAAGACAAGUACCGACUCAAAUCCGUCAAAUUUGGGUUCACGAUCGAGCAGCGAAAGGAGAGAGUCCCGGUGUGCUUCUACGCGAAAACCUUUCUGCAGAAGGCGCAGCUGCUCGGCUUGCGGUACCCUGAGUAAAAACGUACCCACACCAGAGUUGUAAUGCGCAUCCCCAUGAGAGCCAUUUCCAAUCGUGUUUUGGAAUUUGUGACGUUGUGAACAGGAUGAGCAGCUGGAUUUGUGACGCGGCUGCACUUGCUAACCUGCACUACACUGCAGAGCUCAACUUGUCAUGCGUGACUCACAAAGCUCCUAGGUUUGUGUUGCAAAAUCCUCAUCCUAACUCUGGCGUGGGUACGUUUUUACUCAGGAUAUGCGGCAGAAGUGGUUCAGCGAGGCGGAGGUGCGGAAGGUGCUGCGGCCGAUUCUGCUGCAGUGGCUGGACCGGUUGCCGUAUCCUGUGCAAAAGUAAAUCGUAUUCGUAUUAAUGCAUUACAAAAAAUGUCCUCAGAAUGACAAACAAAAUUCGUAAUGCGGAUUUGCUUUAAGAAAAAAAAUUGUAAUGCAUGAUCGCAAUACGAGUACAGUGCGAUACUUUUGCACGGGAUAUGCCGUUUGUGGAGGGUGCGGUGAAACUGGUGGUGGACGAGAAAAUUUUCCUGCCGGAGCUGCGGCGACGAGAUCAUGGGGGGUGUGUUGGAAUCAACGGAGGCGGUGCUGCCCUUCAUGGCGGCGGUGGCAAUGGUCUGAAUGAUGAAGAUCGCGACUCCGGACAGGCACACGCCUACGCCUUCGUCUGCGUCGAUACCAAAUUCGGCUGGCUCUAGCUAUGUUUUCAUCGAACAGGUGGUCGAGAAAUUGAUGCUCCAAGGUGCUAUUUGUAGUAGUUAAGGUAGAUCGGUCUCGUGCGCCAACUUACGAAGUGGCAGCACUGUCUUUUGAUCACAGUUCCGUACUGUAUUCGAGAUGUGUGAAGAGGACAUAUUUGAGUACCUCAAUGAAGAAUUCCUACAUCUAAUGAAGAGAGUCAAAAGCCGACGUUUCAACAUCAGUAUUCGGAAAAAACAAACCGUAUCGAUGAUACUGAUCCAAGAAUAAACACAUGAAGAAAAUAAACCAUUGCGACUACUACUAAGCAUUGAUACCAUACGCGAUUAU